AUGUGGUCUAUUUUUUUGUGGACUGGGGCAUUGGUUAUCAUAUACCUAACACAUUGGGUCUUCAUCUGGAAGAAUCCAAAGUGCAAUGGAAAACUCCCACCAGGUUCAAUGGGUUUGCCUCUACUUGGAGAAACCCUUCAGUUCUUCUCCCCCAACACCUCCUCUGAUAUUCCUCCAUUCAUCAAAAAGAGAAUGCAAAGAUAUGGAUCAGUCUUCAGAACCAGCCUAGUAGGCCGGCCGGUUGUUAUAUCAACAGACCCAGAUCUUAACCAUUUCAUCUUCCAACAAGAAGGCCAAUUGUUCCAGAGCUGGUACCCAGACACCUUCACAGAGAUCUUUGGAAGACAAAAUGUGGGUUCAUUACAUGGCUUCAUGUACAAGUACCUCAAGAACUUGGUUUUGAAUCUGUUUGGACCUGAAAAUAUUAAAGAGAAGCUGCUCCCCGAAAUAGAAGAGUUGGCUUUUAGAAACUUACAUCUUUGGUCAUCCUGGGACAGUGUAGAAUUGAAGGAAGCCAUUGCAAAGAUGAUAUUUGAUCUAACUGCAAAGAAACUGAUCAGUUACGACUCAGCCAAGUCCGGCGAAAAUCUGAGGGAGAAUUUCGUUGCUUUCAUACAGGGACUAAUCUCAUUCCCUUUGGAUAUUCCUGGCACAGCUUACCACAAAUGUUUGCAGGGAAGGAAGAAGGCAAUGAAACUGCUCAAGGAAAUGCUCAAUGGGAGACGUGCAACGCCGCCAGAGAAGCAAAAUGGAGAUUUUUUCGACCAUGUCCUUCAAGAAUUGAUGAAAGAAGGAACAAUCCUUACUGAAGCAAUUGCUUUGGAUUUGAUGUUUGUGCUUCUCUUUGCCAGCUUUGAAACAACUUCCUUGGCUCUAACUCUAGCUCUGAAGUUCCUUUCCGACCACCCUUCUGUGCUCAAGGAAUUAACGGAAGAACAAGAAGGAAUUCUAAGGAGGAGGGAGAAUGUAGAUUCUGGGCUUACAUGGAAGGAAUACAAAUCAAUGACUUUUACAUUUCAGGUAAUCAAUGAGACAGUGAGGCUGGCAAAUAUAGUUCCUGGAAUCUUCAGAAAAGUACUUAGAGAAAUCCAGUUUAAGGGGUAUACAAUUCCAGCAGGUUGGGCGGUUAUGGUCUGUCCUCCAGCUGUCCAUUUGAACCCUGCCAAGUAUGAAGAUCCCCUUGCCUUCAAUCCAUGGAGAUGGCAGGGCAUGGAAUUAAAUGGUGCAACAAAACAUUUUAUGGCUUUUGGUGGUGGCAUGAGGUUUUGUGUUGGAACAGAGUUCACCAAGGUGAUAAUGGCCAUCUUUCUUCACUGCUUGGUUACAAAGUACAGGUGGAAAGUUAUCAAGGGAGGAGAUAUAGUCCGAACCCCUGGUUUGGCAUUUCCAAAUGGUUUUCAUGUUCAGCUGUCAGAGAAGCAUAAAUAA